AUGGCGGAUGAAUUACAUAUUUAUGAAGACAUUUCUGAUUACAAAUAUUGUGUGAGUGAAAAGAUCAAUAACAAAAUACGUCCCCCAUUAUAUGGUCAAUUUGCAUCUCUGUAUGACAGUGUACCGGCAAAUGAUUAUCUUAACUAUCCGAAACCAUUGCCAAGAGAAUUUGAAAAAUGCAAAGACUUAAUAGAAAAAUAUGUGGAUGCCAGAGAGGUUAUUCCAUUCAUGAAAGCAAACAUCGAGGAGGACGAUAUCAAUCGUAUCAUAAAUAAGAGUAAUUAUUCAACCAGCGAUGGAACAAAGGAGUUCCUGAAGUGUCUGCAAAAAUACUCCAGUAGUCAUGCACCAUUUAUAUGGAGAAGUUUUGAAUUGGCGCUCAAAGAAGCAGAUUAUGACUUUGUUUGGAAAAGAAUCAAAGGAGAAAUAGAUGGCCUACAAGAAGAAUGUCAUGAAGAACGAAAGAAAAGAAUUCAAAUAAAUAGAGGUCUAAUUUAUCAACACGUAGAUGCUUCUGACAUUUGUCCUGAUUUAGUGUCGUACAAAGUGAUCAGUCAUGCACGAUAUGAGAUCAUAAAAUCUGAGGAACAACAACGUGGAAAAUGUAAUGCAACUUCUCCAUUGAUAGAUUCCAUAUGGAGACUCCAUGUCAACUGGUUUGAAAUAUUUUUGCGUGUAUUAAGGAAUCAUAAUCACGGUUUCAUUGCUGAUGAAAUUAAUAAAGCAACAGGAAAAAGCGUUAAAUUCAACGACACAGGACACUAUCACAAUACAAAAAUGUAUGAUAUACCCACUACCAAAAGUAAAGUUUAUGGUGAAUACCAACCAUGUUGUCCGUGUCCGGUACGAUAUUUUCGUUUUGAAAAUAAUGGAAUCGAGCAAAGAAAUAUAGAGAAAAGGGAAGAAAAUGUCUCCUCCAACUAUGACUCUAUUACCUAUACCAGACAGGUCGAUGGAUAUACAAUAUACACUCCGCCAUCUUACAUGUACCUUCCGUAUAGUGAGUGAAGCUAUCUCAUGGGAUGUAAAUAUUAUGAAUCAGUAUCAGUAUUCGUACCUCUAGUGAAUAUUUACCGGAAAUAUUACGAGUACAGUAUGAUGAUUAGUAAUAUACAUAUGUAUUCUUUAUACCGAAUAUCCGGUGAUUUCUAUCAUGUGGAUGGACUGGAAUGCAAGUAGUUCAUUUAGAACACCUCAUAUUGCACAAGGGACAACCGAACUCUUUGAGGGUGACAUCGUGCCAGAAAAUGAUACAACUCACACCAAUGUUCGUGCAACUAGAUCUUGGACGUGACCAUGAACAACUAUGUUAUAAUAUUUAGCAGAAAUAAUGUCUGAUAACGUGAGUUUGACAUUGAACGUGUUAACGACAUCGAAAUAUACACCUCGUAUUUACAAGCAGUGUUUUCUGAACAAAUAGUAAAUCCACCAAUAAUAAUAGCAAUAUUAAUGCUGGUCAUUCAGCUAUCAUUGGUUUUGGUCAUCCGAGUCAGUUAGGUGACAUUUUGCGAAUGGUGCAUGUAGAUGUCCGUCGUUCCUUACCAUUUGCAUUUUUUAAAGAAUAAUAUUAUUCCAAGAACGAAGACCUUUACCAAAAUUAUAAAUUUCCCAUCUCCUGGGUCAGAGCAUCUCAUAUAUUCUGCAAUCUUUGUUCUCUGUACUCCAGACAUAUGAUAAGCAAAAAUACAUUUAUGAAAUUGUAAAUUUUAUGGCCCCUUUCAAACAUUCUUUUCCGAUGCACACCUUGAAGAAAAAAAUAUAUACAUAGUUAUGAAGAGUACAGGCCUUUGUGGAAAUUCACAAUCCCCAGUUACUGAGACCUCAAGUAGCAACAAUCAUUAAUUAUAAAUACUCAGCUCAAAAAAUUAACCUAACAUAUACAUUUUUUGAAUAAGUAUAUUUCUACUAAACAAAGGCGCAAACAAAAGAUUAUGAUGAGUUUUGCAAUUUUAUAAAGACUUUUAUAUUAAUGAUUGAAAUUUUAAUUUCUUGCAUUUAGUUGUUCUCCUUUUGAACGAAUAACAGGCACGUACUAAACUAAGUUUUCACAGAACCUUUUACAGAAAUGAGCACUGUAUUCCCUAAAGUACCUUCCACAUAUCUUAAUUUACAAGUCGUUGGCAUAUUUUGAGUAAGGUCCGAUCUUCUUUGUUUUAUUUGGGUUUGAAUCAGGACUGAUCCAGGACAACGGAAGUGUAGAAAUAACACAUUUUUUGCAUUUAAGUAAUGACAUACUGCUGAUUAUUGCAAAUAAUUUUUCUGUAAAAUAAUAAGCAAGUCCAUACAUCUUUCAAUAUCUCCUGACUAGUAAAAUACAGUUCUUCAAACGCAAUCAAUGUUUACACUAACAUGGCCGGAAAGAAAUCUUGAUUGAAACUCAGAUCUUGAACAUUUAGGGCAAAUUUUGACAAGAACAACGCAUGAAAAUAUACCCCUCAAACUUAUAGUUUCAUCCAACAUAUUGUACGAGUGGAAAUGAAAGGUCAGGUGAAACCAGUGCAACACAUGCAACAUGUGCACCCCGGUAUGACCAUGCAACAAUUACCAAACCAUUCGAAUGCGACUCAAGUAUCCCCCCUCAAUGAUCCCGAGACAUUACUUCACAACUGGUCAUUAUAAACAAAAAAAUUGAAAAACUUGAUCACAUUAAAAAAUCCCUUUUGCAUGUGUCUGAGGUAGAGAAAAGUAUGGGAUUCGUUUCAUAUUCUUUGGAGGAAAAUGCGAGAUACUCUACUUAAGCUUUCGAUGAUUUAAAUGCCCUAGAAACUACACUUGCGAACUGAAAAGUUGAAUGAACAACUCACAGAGGAUAUUCUUGAUCUGAAAUGUAGGUCACUUCGUGAGAAUUUACUCUUCUAUGGUGUGACCAAGGCUCCAAAUGGGGAAUCGGGGAAUUGUGAGGAUCUUUAUCAAAAGGGAUUAUGGAUUAGUAAGCGUCCUUGUCCUAUCGUGGCAAAGUUUACUAUGAUUUCCUAGAAUGGACUUGUAAAUCAGGAAUCAAUUGCCUAAAGCAAAUUACGAGUGACAGAAAAUAUUAUAUCCCGCAACGAAGGAAGCCAAGGAAAAACAUCGAAAAGCCGUCCUAGUUAGGAUAAGCUGUUUAUUGAUGACAAACAGUAUCACUCAACUCCUAUUGACGAGGAACCGCUAGUACAAUUAGCCAAUUGAGCAGAAAACAGUAAAGCUUUAAUAGACCCAGAAGAGAGAUGCGAGAAGAAAGAAAACAUUAAGAAAGUCGGGAGAACAGUGAAACUGAACUCAAAACUAUCUUAGAAUUUACACGGAGAUUUUGAAAAUAAAUUGAAAGACAAAAACUUUAAAACCUUAAUGUGUACGUACGAUGUAAUUUGCUUAUCAGAAUGUUGGAUUGAUAAGUAUUACAAUAUUGACAACCCACA